GUCACUGCUGUCAGUUUCAGUUUCGCAUCAAACAAUAAAUCAGGGCGUAACGAUUUUAUCCCAUUUUAUGAAUUAAAUAAUCAUAAUAGCAAGUUAAAUACUUGAAGAUGAAUACACUCGACAAACAAUUAGCGGAUCUUCGAAUAUAUGCAAACGAAUUAGAGGCAAAACUUCAGGAUGAUAUAAAUGCUGCAAUGAAAAAACCAUCUAUCCCACCUAAAAAGAAUAAGCCGCCCCUGCCUCAAAUACCGCAAAGUUGCAUGGUAAAGUCUGCUUGCGAGCCGUCCUACUCCUCGAGACUCGAAUAUGGUAGCCGCACUAGUUCUACGUACUCGAACUUAGUUCCUGUAAAGAGUUGCAUCGUAAGGAAUACCGCCCGAGUGCGAAGCGGUGAUGUGCUUCUUUAUAGCAACGUACUGCCCCCGGGAGGCACCAACCAUGUCUACUCCAACAUUAUGAUGCAACGAAAUGCUUACGGAGGUGAUAGUAUUUAUGGUGAUCGCGACACCAGGUCGGAAGUGUCUAGGAUAAGCGAUUUAGGUGUGCAAUCGAAUUACAGCGAGUUGCGACGGCCGGGCUCGGCGUAUCCUCCGUCGUCUGCGUCCGUCAACGCGCAGGACUUCUCUACUUACGGUGGCUCUCAGACCUCUUCUACUUAUGAGUCUCUGUAUGAGCCUAUUAAUCCCAGACCUUGCAGUCAGCUGUCAGGAACAUCCCUGUACGGUGGGUAUGUGGGCACCACAGUGGAGCCUACUCCAGAGCCUGAUGAGGCGCUGUACUGUGGCAACUGCUACAAGUGUGGGGAGAAGAUCAUGGGGGAGACCACAGGCUGCACCGCUAUGGAGAGGAUCUAUCACAUCAAAUGCUUCUGCUGUCAACAGUGUGGGAUUAAUUUACAAGGCCGCCCCUUCUAUGCAGUGCAGAGUCGUGCACUGUGUGAACGAGACUACUUGGAUACCUUAGAGAAGUGCUGUGUCUGUGGCGAUCCUAUUCUGGAUCGUAUUCUGAGGGCUACAGGCAAGCCCUACCAUCCCAGGUGCUUUACUUGUGUUGUCUGCCAAAAGAGCCUCGAUGGGAUACCAUUCACAGUGGAUGCUGUCAACCGUAUACAUUGUAUUGAGGACUUCCACAAAAGAUAUGCGCCUCGCUGCGCCCGGUGCCGCGAGCCGAUCGUCCCUGAGAGCGGCGCGGAGGAGACAGUUCGUAUCGUGGCGCUCGACAAGAGCUUCCACGUGGCCUGCUAUGCUUGCGAGGACUGUGGCACCUCGCUGUGUUCCCGGCAAGAGGGCCGCGGCUGCUACCCACUGGAUGACCACCUAUACUGCAGGGAGUGUAAUGCCCGACGCAUCCAGGACCUCUCCAGAAAUAUUAACUAAAUUUACCAUUUCAUAGGGAUGCUAUCUAAAAGAAAUAAGGCUGUCUUUUAGAUGUACAAAUCGUAUUACACUCUCAUAGGAGUUUAAGCGAAGGCUCAGACACCUUAAUAAGAUGAUUCAUGCUGAUGCACACGAUUAAUUAGACGGAACACCUCGCUCAUUGUUUUCGCUAAGUUACUUGUAAGUCAGUAGUUUAAGCCCACCCAUUUUUUAUUUGUACAUAUUGUUAUCGGCGAUAUACUUAAAUAUGUACGAAAUAUAGUGUAAGCAAACCAUGAGAUUUUGAAACUAUUUUAUGCUAACGAUUAACGAUAAUGAUCUAACAUUCCAUAUUGCAUUUAUAAUUAUAGAAGGCUGUGUAGCUCUGACCAUACAUGAUUUAUUAUUAUAAUUCAGUAUUAUUUUAGCGAUUUUGUGAUUAUAACAUAAGUUAUUGGGUAAUGAAUAUUGAACAGUUGUUGGUACAAUUGUUUGUACCAUAGUUUUAUUAGAUGGCUUGUUCAGAUUUGCGUACUCAGUAAAUACACACAUUAACAUGUAUAAUAAAGCACAUUCCGGAUUGUUGGUGCGCCAGUGUGAACAAGGCUGCGUAAAUAGUGCCAUGUUUAUUAUGUAAAGUAUUACUGUUAGGUUGUGUCUUUGUUGUCCGUUCGGUUAUUUAGCGAAUAAGUCAUUAUAUUAUUCUACAUCGUACUUAAUUGUAAUCUUUAUGUAAAAUUAUUAGGUUAAAAACUUUACGUGCGAUUAUGUAACUUUAUGGAUAAAGAAUCUCUAGAACAUAAUGUAGAUUGAUCGACAACAUAAUGCUCUUUGUAUUGUAUAGCAGCUAAGAUGCAGAAUAAACUUGUGUAUACUUUUAAUUUCAGCUUUUUCAUGUUUACAGACUAAGCAAUUUUAUAAUCUUAUACAUUUACUAUCUAUAGUAUUAUACAUUGUCUCAUCGAACUGCCGAUAUUGGAGUUAUUCGAAAUUAGAAACAUUUUACACAUAUAACUUUCUAGGCAUACUAGUCAUUGUUUACUGUUUGUAUGCUGCUAUUGUAGUGCGAAAUAAAGUAUACAAUAUA